AUGUCGAAACUCGAACCGAUAUAUCAGCAGCUGUGUUCUCCUCUAGCUUCCGAGCUUCUCUCGAUCCAUCCGAACGACCUGGCAGCUUCUGGCUUUCAGCUUCCUGGAAUUUGGAAGGGUUGGUGGGAAUGGGCUACAUCAAUAGAUGAUGAAAACACACCGUACUUCCCAAGGUGGAUGUCGAUUCUCCAUUACUAUUCUGCGACGCCCGAUGACCAGCGGACGGGGAACCAAGUCCCGAGUAAUAAAUCUUCAGUGGGCUUGCUUUGUGAUGAUCGGCGCAUCCCGCCCGAUUUGAAAGUGCUCAUCGAUGACACUGUCCGCAUCCAGUUGAAUAGAGAUCGUAUUUCCAUCGGGAACACCUCCGAGUCAGGGAAUGCUCAUCGAUCGUAUGGAAUGUCACCAAAAAAAGAGCACGAGGUCUCCAGGAUGUCAGGAUACAUCGACCAACUUUUAUGCCCAGGUUCUACGGAUACACUAAGUCAUGUUGUUGAUGUGGGUUCAGGACAAGGAUAUCUGUCUCGUGCGCUUCAGAAUUUAGGUUUCCAUGUGCUGGCUCUUGAUUCCAAUGAAAUCCAGACCUCUGGGGCUGAGCGCUGGAAAGCAAAAGAAGCGGCAAGAAGGCAGAAGCAGUUUAAAAGGGGAAAUGACGUCCAGAGUUUGCCCGACUCACAGCAUCAUUGCAACGAUCCCCUUUUCCAAUCACACGUGGCAACCUCUGUGCCUUCGGCUUCCAUUGCCAGCAAAAACAUAAUACACAGCCGUACGGGUUCUCUUACCCAUCAGACUAUCUGCAUCAAUCCCCGUACACUUGAAUCAUCAAUUCAUGAUUGGCUUCUCUUCGGUGAAGACAACCAAAUCGCUGGUUGUACUAAUAUGAUCGGAGAUUUACUUGUCGAUAGGACUGAGCAACGCACACCUGAGGAGAAGCCGGUCCCUGUGAUGAUGGUUGCCCUUCACGCCUGUGGAUCGCUCACGCCUGAUGUUCUUCGCGUGUUCUUGUCUAAUUACCGUAGACCCUCAGCCCCCGGUAUUCGCAUUUGGACGGCGCAGGCACUCGUCGUAGUAGGAUGCUGUUACAACUUGAUGGCGUCUGAGGAUUUUCCGCUGUCACGGUCGCUGCGUGAGCGAGUCCCAGUAGCAACACUUCCCCUUUCCUCUCGCCACCUGGCUGCACAGAUACCAUCUCAAUGGCUCCGCAAUGAAACGUCUACUCGUGAAACAUCUCUGGCAAUACGCAAGGUCGUUUUUCGAGCCCUCCUUCAGCCUGUUCUUCAAAAAAUUGGUGCACUAGAAGCCUCCGCAAAUCAUACUGCAACCUCAUCAUAUGAUGUCGAAGAGCUCCGCGGCGUAGGUCAAACACCGGAAAAUAGGCGGUUGGGAAAGCUCCCUGAUGCUGCAUACAAGGACUGGGAAACAUUUCUGGAUCGUGCAACUUCGAAGAUUGGCGUUCGACUCGACCAGAUUGCAACACAGCUUCCUGUUUAUAUUCAUGACAAGCGUAGACGAAUGCAGUUGGAAAGUGCUUUGUCGGUAUUGCACGUGUUAAGGUGCAUCAUGGGACCUCUGAUAGAAUCCCUCAUCCUCCUUGAUAGGCAUGAAUGGAUUCGGGAAGAGUCGAGUCGAAGUAGUGAAACACAGGAAUCAAGCCCAAUGGACGUUGAACUGGUAAACCUGUUUGACCAGGCAACAGGAAGUGGAAGGAACGUAGCUAUUGUGAUCAAGCCUUGUGAAUGA